UAUUUAAAAAAACUCAGGAGGGUGCGUGAGAGAGAUAGAAAAGGCGAAGAGGGGUUUCGUUUCGUUCUUUUUCCGUUUCGCUGCAAAUCGAGACUGAGAGAGAGUAGAUAAAUAUUGUUAUUGAUCUCGGUGUUGUUAUUGCGGCGGAACCCUAACGAGGGGAUCGGAGUGAGGAAGAUGAGCGGCAAAGGCGGUGGACAAAAAGUUUCGUCGUUGUCGGGAAUUCCGGCGGCGAGUCGGAAAAUGGUUCAGAGCUUGAAAGAGAUAGUAAACAACAUCCCCGAUAACGAGAUCUAUGCCACUCUCAAAGACUGUAACAUGGACCCUAACGAAGCCGUUAGUCGUCUCCUCUCUCAAGAUCCCUUUCACGAGGUCAAGAGCAAACGAGAAAAGAAAAAAGAGGGUAAGGAUAUAACAGAACCAAGGUCUCGUGGGACAAACUAUAAUACUUCUAGUCGCGUUGGUGGUGGUAGGACCGGAACUGACCGCUAUGUUGGACGCGGUGGUGCAAGUUCAACUCAAUUCAGUAAUAGUGAUUAUGGUUUCCCGCAGGUUAAACCUGUAUACAAGAAGGAAAAUGGAACACCUGCUUAUGGAGGCCCGGCCCCUUAUGGAGGCUCGACCUCUUAUGCAUCUAGUGUGAUGGAGAAUAAUGUGAACAGGCAGCUACCAUCUUACAGUGAUUCUGUUGGUGUCUCUGAUGGACUAUCUUCAUCAUCACACCAUGGUGGGUUGCAAUCUGCAUGGACAGUGAGCCCAGGCCAAGUGUCAAUGGCUGAUAUUGUCAAGAUGGGUAGGCCACAGAUCAAGACAUCCACGCUUAACCCAUCUGUCCAUAGCGGGAAUCAUCAGAAUGCUUUUUCACCUCCAGGUGCCUCACAGCACAACUUGCAUUCCUUGCAAGGUCAUGCUUCAAAUGUUUCAGAGACAAAUAAUGAUCAAGGCUUUGCUAUUAACCCCAACGUUCAACAAAAUGAUGAAUGGCCUUCUAUUGAGCACCAAUCAACAGCUUGUGUAUCCUCUGUUGUUGAUGCCCAUCCAAAUUCUGAAUAUUAUACAAAUUCAUCUAACUUUGGCGAAGCUAAUAGCCAACAGAAGAACCAUGUAAAUGAAUUUGUAGUGGAAGACGGUCCUGUUGAGACUCCUGACGCUGUUGGAUCUGCUUCUAUACCUGGUAAAAUUAUAUCUGAUGAUAUUCCAGGAAGUGCUUCUGCAUUUGAUGAUAGUUUGUACACGGACAUAAAUUCCUACCAGUCUCAUCGGCAUCCUUUUGAUGAUAAUGAAGAUGACAAUGGUGUUUCAUCAGUUGCUGCAAACUUGGAGCAGCUAAAUUUACGCCCAGAUGAUCAAGGGACAGAACCAGAGGAGGACAAUUCUGAUGUACUUAUUCCAAAUCAUCUACAACUCCAUACUCCAGAAUGCUUUAAUCUGAGUUUUGGAAGUUUUGGAUCUAAACAAAAUGCUGGUCUCUCUGGAUCUGGGACACAUGCAUCUAGGCCCUUAAAUAGUAACUUGGAGGAGACUUCUGGAGCUACUGAUGUUUCAGCAGUUGGGUCCUCGGAUUCCAAAAAUCCUGACUAUUAUGGGGAUGAGCAUAUUACUACUACCUCAGAUGCAAAUAUGCCCCACAUAACUGGUGUGGAUGUUAGGAGUUAUGAACAUUCUUCCAUUUCACAACCAGAGAUUUUAAAAUCUGAGCCCUCUGAAACUGCUCAGGAAAAUCAAUAUUCAUUUCCUUCAUUUUCACACGAGUUUACCUAUCAAAAUGCCCAACAACCAGAUGUUACAUAUCCUCAUUCACAGACAAACUCACAGAUCCAGAACCUAUCUCCCUUCUCUAGUGUAAUGGCAUAUACUAAUUCUUUGCCCAAUGCUCUGUUGGCUUCAACGGGUCAAACAGCAAGGGAGGACAUGUCGUACUCACCCUUCCCUGUUACACAAUCAAUGCCUGCUAAAUAUAGCAACAUGGCUUCUUCAAUUGGUGGUCCCACUAUAAACAUGUCCGAGAUGCAGGCUCUAAGGGCAAACAGCAUUUCGACGCCUCAACCGAAUCCGCAAGCAUUGCCUGGUGCGAGUGUUGCCACUGGACCUUCACUUCCUCAACACCUGGCUGUGCAUCCCUACUCGCAGCCUACUCUGCCUUUGGGACAUUUUGCUAAUAUGAUUAGCUAUCCAUUCAUGCCUCAGAGUUAUACCUACAUGCCAUCGGCAUUUCAACAGGCUUUUGCUGGAAAUAGCACAUACCACCAAUCUCUGGCAGCAGUGCUUCCACAAUACAAAAAUAGUAUUUCUGUCAGCAGCUUGCCUCAGUCUGCUGCUAUUCCAUCUGGAUAUGGUUUUGGAAGUUCCACCAGCAUCCCUGGAGGAAAUUAUCCUUUGAAUCCAUCAGCUCCCCCUACUAGUACAGCCAUUGGAUAUGAUGAUGUUAUAAGCUCCCAGUAUAAGGAAAACAAUCAUAUGAUAUCACUUCAACAGAAUGAGAACUCUCCAAUGUGGGUUCAAGGGCCUGGCUCUCGAACAAUGUCAGUUCCUCCCAGCACGUAUUACAGCUUCCAAGGACAGAAUCAACAACAAGCAGGUGGAUUUCGGCAAAACCAGCAGCCAUCACAACAUUUUGGACCCCAUGGGUACCCUAAUUACUACCAUUCUCAGAGUGGGAUUUCUCUGGAACAUCAGCAGCAGAACCCUAGGGAUGCUUCCCUUGCUGGCUCUCAGCAGCAGAACCCUAAGCAGUCCCAACAAUUAUGGCAAAACAGCUACUAAUCCUAAUCACCUCCCGGUUUUUAAGGGUCUUGAUCUGAUGUGAGUUUGAAAAUGACCAAUCAAUCUGAGGCGUUCCCACGGUCUAAUUAUUAAAUGUACCAUUAUUUGGUCCGUAGAGACCUUAUAUGGCCACAGAAGUUGUAUUCUACAUAAUUAUUUUUCUCGUGAUGUUAACGUAGGUUUUAAGUGUGUGCUAAUUUGGUGUACUAUUUACGAUACUCUUUUUCGCAUUUUACAUUUUUCUCAUCUAGUUAUAGUGGAAAGUUUCAUAUUCUGUCUCAGAUUUUGCUCCUUUUAUUAUUGUCUCAUAGGGCAGAUGUCUUACAACUUAACAUAUUCAUCGUCGACUGUAUAUUAAUUAAACUUGCAUGCAGCUGUAUUGCAUGGUAGUGACUUUUUCUAGAAAGAUGAGUUGUAGUUUU